UCGCUAGUAAUUCACGUUUUCCAGUAUUUUACAUCAAUAAUAAUGCAGUAAUAUUUUUGAUUCACAUCCAAACAUUCAUAAAGAUGAAAAAGUUAACCGGAACUUUUCGAAAUACUCAGUGGGAUCCGUACUUGCUGAUCGCACAGAUAGUUGCAAUGCAGGGCCUUUUGUACGCUAGUCUCGGUUUCAUCAUGAUCCUAAUGGAUUACCUGGCGGAGGCUAAUCACACCCUGGACCAUCUGUUUGAGUAUCACGAAAUCCACGUCACCGAUCUGGGCGGACGGCUGGUGAUUUUUGCGUUCGUUAUCAACUCGCUGGUCGGUUCCGGGCUGCUUUGGUUUGUGGUGCGGCGGACAAAGCUUUGUCUGGAUUUCAGCGUCACCUUUCACUUCAUUCAUCUGGUGGUCUGUUGGUGGUACAACAGUGCCUUUCCCGCUACCAUCAGCUGGUGGCUUCUGAAUGCCGUCUGUACGGCACUUAUGUGCGUGGGAGGUGAGUUUCUAUGUCUGAAAACGGAACUGCGGGAAAUUCCGGUUGGCUAUUCAGCUCUGAACAACAAAGUUGAUCUGUAGGAUAGCCGGCGGGUAGGGACUCACAACCGGACGACUGACGACUGCUUGCGUGCGAGGUGAGGAUGAAAGUAAGUGAAUGUGUUCCGUUAGCUAUCGGUAUGGAGCGUUUCUGCGUGUAAAUAUAUAGCUCUAUUCUCAAACCGUAUUUUUUGUAGAGUGAAUAUAGUGUUAAUAGUGACUGUGAAUAUAGUGUUAAUAGUGUUAGUCCAGUGUCAAUAUCAAUAGGCAACUUAUGUUAUAAUUUUACUUUUAAAAUACACU